AGCUUGUCAAAAUUGUGUCAAAGUUGUAUAUGGAUACAAAUGGCCGAAAGUGGGUUACCUCUUGAAAAUUGUCUGAUCCCCAAUUUUUCGACAAUAUGGUGAUGGAACAGUGGAAAAGGUAGAUAAUAAGUGUAGCAAUAUACGUGAUACCCGUGCCAUGUGGGAGUAAAUAAUGCUCUUUAGCUUCCGAAUUCCACACUAUAGUUCAAUAAAGAUGGAAAGCUCACACAAAGAAAAUUCUGCUAAAGUUUAAAUACCCUCGUAUAUAUCGAUGAAGAAAAAAGUUCUCGUCGCAUAUUCUUCGUUAUCAGACUCCAUUUCAGGUAGAUAAAUACAAAUUGAUAAUAAAAUGUGUAACUUUCUUAUCUAUUAUUUAUAUCCUUAUCGUGACAUAUUUUCCCUAUACCUGUUAACCAUGCGUGUCGUAUGUUUUAACGUACAUCCUGCUUUACAACAAUAAAAAAUCUAAGGAAUGAACAACGGCGGAAUGUAUCCUUAUUAUGAAUCAGAUUGGAGUGUACUACCCCCAGAAGCUAACAGGAGGUUUAACCCCGCAUUUAACAUGGCUACAAUUAAGCAGGUUGUCAAUGAGGCUAUUGAAAGAGUCCGUAUGCCGACUCCGAUGCGCCUCAGAGAUCUGAUCAGGCAGAUCAGAGCAGCAAGAACAGCAGCUGAAGAGCGCAGUGUGGUCAACAAAGAAUGCGCCUACAUUAGAUCAACUUUCAGAGAGGAGGACUCGGUUUGGAGAUGUAGGAACAUAGCAAAGCUACUUUACAUCCACAUGCUGGGCUAUCCAGCUCAUUUUGGUCAGCUAGAAUGCCUGAAAUUGAUUGCCAGUUCAAGGUUCACAGAUAAACGCAUAGGAUACUUGGGAGCCAUGCUGCUGUUGGAUGAAAGACAAGAUGUGCACUUGCUGAUCACAAAUUGUUUGAAGAAUGACUUGAACUCGACCACUCAGUUCGUCGUGGGCCUAGCCUUGUGUACUUUGGGCGCAAUUGCAUCCCCAGAGAUGGCCAGGGACUUGGCUGGAGAAGUAGAGCGACUGAUGAAGUCUCCUAAUGCGUACGUUCGUAAGAAGGCGGCUCUAUGUGCGUUCAGAAUAGUCAGGAGGGUUCCUGAGCUCAUGGAAAUGUUCUUGCCUGCCACCAGAAGCAUGCUCUCUGAGAAGAAUCAUGGUGUACUGAUAACUGGAGUAACGCUGAUAACAGAAAUGUGCGUAAACAGUCCAGAUACCCUGAAUCAUUUCAAAAAAAUAGUGCCAAACCUUGUACGGAUACUGAAAAAUCUAAUUUUAGCCGGUUACUCCCCUGAACAUGAUGUGUCUGGUAUUAGUGAUCCAUUUCUACAGGUGAAGAUCUUGAAACUUUUGCGGGUGCUGGGUAUCAACGACGUGGACACAUCAGAAGCAAUGAACGACAUACUUGCCCAAGUGGCGACCAAUACAGAAACUAGCAAAAAUGUCGGCAACACCAUUUUAUAUGAAACUGUCCUAUCUAUAAUGGAUAUCAAAUCAGAGGGUGGUUUAAGGGUAUUGGCGGUAAAUAUUCUUGGUCGAUUCCUAUUGAAUAAUGACAAAAACAUCCGCUACGUGGCGCUGAAUACACUCUUGAGGACUGUACACGUGGAUUCAGCAGCGGUUCAAAGACAUAGGGCUACAGUUUUGGAAUGCCUCAAGGACCCGGAUGUAUCGAUACGUCGUCGAGCAAUGGAACUAUCAUUUGCGUUGAUCAAUUCUCAAAACAUUCGGACUAUGACCAAAGAGCUGGUGAAUUUCUUGGAGAAGGCCGAUCCGGAGUUCAAAGCACCUUGCUCUAGUUCUAUAGUACUAGCGACGGAACGCUAUGCUCCUACUAGAAGAUGGCGAUUAGACACAUUGUUGAAAGUUUUGGUCGCGGCUGGAAAUUACAUACGAGAUGACGUCAUCAGUUCGACGAUACAGCUGAUAUCCGAGAGUCCCACUCAUCAAGGCUAUGUGACAUUACAAUUAUACAGGGCGUUGAAAGAAGAUCUUCAAAACAGACAACCUCUGAUACAGGUGGGCGUGUGGUGUAUAGGGGAAUACGGCGAUCUACUGACGUCAGCACAAUCUGACGAUGACAUUCAGCCUCCAACUGAAGAAGAGGUGGUUGAAGUUUAUCAACGUGUGUUAUGGUCACCACAGAAUACGGUUACCACCAAGCAGUAUGCUUUGAUGAGCUUGGUGAAGCUUAGCACGAGGUUUACAAAUACAGUUAGCAAAAUCCAAUCUAUGAUCGCCACGUUUCGCUCUAGUCUGCACGUGGAGCUCCAGCAAAGAGGUGUGGAAUUCUCGCAACUGUUCGGCAAUUACAGCCACCUGAGGGCCGGUUUGCUGGAAAGAAUGCCACCUUUGGACGCUGGAGGUACGGGAAGAGGAUCGGAUGCUAACCAACUGAACGGGGAAGUAGAAGAAGAAGGGAUGCUUGGAGGGGGUAGUCCGGAGGGAGAUGAGGAAGAAGCAAUCGGUGCUAUCAGCAAUACGAAUGCUCUGCUUGAUUUCCUCGACCUAGACGUGAUAAACCCAGCCGCGCGUACACCUCCAGCGAAUGUACCGCCUCCGGGACUUCUGACGUCAUCGCAUUCACAGCCCAGUAUGACGAACAAUACCAACAAUCAAGAUCUGUUAGAUCUGCUUGGUUUGGGACCCUUAGGACCACCUACGGUCCCACCUACAGAGAAUAACAACGGCUCACAGCCCCCCGCUAUGCCAGCGCCACUGGAUAAUGGAAAUUUAGACUUUUUAGCUGGAGGGGAAGGAGUUUUUGCACCGCCAGUAAUGAACAAUGUGAUUUUAGAAAAGCAACUGCCGCAAAUGACGGCGUAUGAAAAGGACGGAUUACGAGUGAUAUUCGGAUUGGAAAAACCAACGGCAGGGUCUGCUAAUCCGGAUACCUUGACGAUCCACGUCACAGCAAAUAAUAACACUCUCAGCAACAUGACUGAUUUCCUGUUCCAAGUUGCUGUACCUAGGACAUUCCAAUUACAAAUGAUGUCUCCGUCAGGAACGACGAUUCUACCCAAUGGCAAGGUUACACAAAUAAUCAAAGUUAGCAAUCCUAGUAAAAAUGUGUUAAAAAUGAAGGUAAAAUUAUCGUACGUGAUAGACGGCAAUCCUGUUAACGAUCAGAUAGAAGUGAACAAUUUUCCAGUGGACAUUUGGGAUUGACCAAGAGGAUUCGGUUAAAGAAACAUGUCAUUCGUCAUCGCCACUGGGAGAGAGAAAGAUAUAGUGAGAGAAUAACAGAACACACAGUGUAGUUUUUCUCGUACGUCUGAAAGUUUAGACAAUGUGCUCUAGCAGAACAAAGUUGAUAACACUGCUUUCGUUUAUUUUAUCGCUUUACAAAAAAAAAGAUGAGGAUUUUCAUAUGGUCUUACCGUCAAAACCACUUUUAAUUGUCUGACAUUACUCAAGUCUAAUAUCAAAGUAUUCUCUGUAAAAUAUUUUAAAAAAUGAACCGACUAUUAUUUUUUGUUUAACACCUAUUUUCCUCCGAUCUGUUCCUUGCAGUUUGUUCUCUAAUGGGAUAUUCUCUACCUAGAAAACAUGGCAUUUUUAAUAGAUCGUUUACAUUCUUACCCUCAUUAUUAGGUUAUUUUCCUCAUAUCUGAGGAAUGCCCAACCUCCUUGAUCAAAGUAGGGCCACAUUAUAACGAUAGAGUGUGAAAGAGUUUACAACCUCACAGCUUCGGCGUUAAUGGAGGGCAAGUGUUGCCACUGCUUGUUGAUGGAAAAAGGUGAAAUCAGCCAGAGUACACGGCAUAAUAUUAAUAUUCCAUCAACAUGAAAAUGCUGAAACGUUCCCCACUGUACGCCCUCUUUAAUUUUGAGAUUACUGUUGACUACCGAUUAUCCAAGCCAACAUGGGCUGGACCCCUCUCGUAUAAUUGGCGGUUCGGAUAAUCCGACUUAUAUAUUUUUUUAAAUGGACAAAUACAUUACUGCUUUCAAUUAUUUUAUUGUAAAUAAAGUAGAUUCACAUGUUUUUAUUCAUUAUAGAUAACUCGACAAAUAGAACUUGAAAAUGUAUGUAGCAUGCGUAAGUAAAAAUAUUAAUAUGCCUUAAAAUAACGGUCAAUAGGAGUUUGCUUCUUCUGGGAGUUUCUCUUUCUUGCUGCGUUAUUCCUCAGUAUUCUUAAAAGUAAAACGUCUGAUGCGGUUGACUCGGGUUGCUGUUCUACAUACUUUGAGGCUUUGUCUAAAGCAUUAAAACCUUCUUGAUUUGAAAUACGAUCGACUAUAAUAACCUCUCUAUCUUUCUCUUCUUUUUAAAUCUGGUUUACUUCUUCGGUCUGUUUAGAGGCAGCUAUUUCCUCUAUAGAAAGCUCUAGCUCGUGGUCGUUAGAGGCAAUCCAUUCUCCAACGCCUUCUUCUUAAGCGUCUUCGCAUCCUUUUAAUUUUUUCCUUAAAUCAAGCAAGCUCAACUCAUCUUCACAACUGGUUUCAACUUCGGCGUCUUUUAAUUUUAGAGCCAGCGUGCUUAGAGGCUUAUCGUCUUCUGUGUCAUCUUCCGGGAACUAAAGAUUUUUCCAGAAUUUUUUGAUUGUUGGUGCUCCUACCGAUUCCCGUGCUUGACUCGCUCAGUAGACAAUAUCUUUUAAGGUAAUCUGUCGCCGAGAUGUGCCAAGGUCGUAAUUUUCUGUUAAUUGCAAAUGUUCAAGAAACAAUCGUCUAUAAUUCUUCAGGUUUUCAAGGACACCUUGAUCCUUGGGUUGAAAAGGGUUAUCCAUCUGUUGGUUAAUUUUUAAAUCGAUGGUUUAAAUGAAAACGCAGAGUUCUAUUUCUAAACGGGUUUUUUUUAUUUGAGAGUACUAUCCUUCCGGUUAAUGACGAAACACAAUCUCAUUCAUAUGAGCGCCACGACUCAGCUUGACGUAGCCGAUUCUGUCGACCCAAUUUUUCAGUACAUUUUCCGCGUCCUUUGUCAUCUUCGAAAAAAGGGCCAAUAAUGCCAUCAGACCACAAACCACACCAAACAGUCACGUAUUGCGGGUGGAUUGGCUUCUAGGUAAUUUCAUUUAGCUAUUAUGAGUACCAAAUAUGUCAAUUUUGCUUAUUGACGUAGCCAGCAAGAUGAAAAUGGGCCGUAUCCGAAAAAAUGAUUUUUCAGUAAAAAAGGGAGUACUCGUCCAAGCGUCCAGUUUUUAGCGCUUCAAGCGUAUAUCGAUCCAUAUUCGUUCAACGCACUCUACUAAAUACCUGUCGAAACAAAACUGAUGCAAGUGUUGCCAACCGUGAGAUAAGCCCUAGUCCAAAAAUUAACCAACAAAUGGAUCACCCUUUACAAGGCUAGUGAUGUUUAUCGGUAUAAAUUUAACAGUAAAUUCACCUACACCAAGAUCUUCUUCGGGAUGUGAUGGAGCAUUCAUUAUCCAUAAGCAAAAGAGCCUUUAUUGGGAGUUUGCGAUUCUUCAAAAAUUUGGUCACUAGUGAAACACACUGUUCUUUAAACCAGACAGUAAACAACUUCGUAUCCAUCCAGGCACCUUUUGAUGCGUGUUAUAAACUGGCAGUGCAUUUGGAGGAAUAUUUUUUGAGGCUCUUGGAUGGCCUGAUUUUCCAAUGAUCAUAAGUGGUAUUCUAUGUGUACUGAUUACUGAUUUUAUGGCCCGUAGCUACCGUUUCCUGUUUUGAUGCUAGUGACUUUGACGGAAGCAAAUUAAAGUUAAGACCAGUGUCAUCACAAUUAUAGACUUGGUCCAAUGUGUAACCUUCUAUUAGAAUUUUAAAUGUUUGCUUAAAAUUUUCGGCAGCAUUUGUAACUACUGAAAUCUUUUCCCCACAAACAGCUAACUAGCGCACACCAUAUCUCAUCUUCCAACGAGCAAGCCAACCAUCACUGGCCGUUAAAUGGUCAAGAUCUGGAAAUUCCCUGUUUAUCAUGACGGCUUUUUAUUGUAAAAUUGGUCCAGAAAGGGGAACACCUUUUGCUCUUGGUUGCGUAAACCAUGUCAACAGUAUUCGAUUAUUUUUUCAAAUUCUGCCCACUUCAUGGAUUUUCUUUUAAAAGAAGUCGAAACUUCCUUGUUGCACCAUUGUUUUGCCGAUUUCUUCUCCAGUCCCCCACUGUUACGUUGCCUACCCCCUAUUCCCUUGCUAUUCCUGCCACUGAGUCACCAGCAUCCAGCUUUUUAAUGGCUUUUAACUUCUCGUCGACUGUUACAACAACUUUUUUCUUUUACUUUUCCCAUCAUUUAUCUACGACUUAUUUUAUUAUUGAAAUGUCGUAAAACUGUACACACGCCCGUUUGCUCCGUUCAGCACCACAUGACUCAGCCAACUAAAUCCCCUAUCGUCGACUUCUGAUUUUGACGAUUCCCCGUAAAGAACAUGCUAUUUAUACGUGAAACUCGACUAAUACGGCGGCUUUUUCGGUUACUGCAGAUUCAGUGCUUAUUAGUUUUUUGCCGUAUGUUUGUAGGAAUCAUUCGGUUAAUCCGGCAAUCGGGGGACUACUGUACUUCACUGUGGCAAGGCAAAUAAGGUUUAGAGCUCUCGGCUGUUUUUACGUGCUUACCUUGAACUCGCCGAACCAAUUUUUGGCACGUACUUUGAUAUACAUAUUGACUGAGUGACGUUGACAUCGUAUAUUAUUAUUGAACAGCAGUAAAGUAAAUCGAAAGUUUGAGUUAUCAGCAAAGUUGGUAUUCUCGUAUUUGUUAAAUAUUUAUAAAUAUAUAUUAUGCGUCCCUGUCUACCUUUUAUCGUAGGCCGUGAGACGUAACACUGAAAUGAAGAAAAGAAAGUGGAAAGCUAAUAUUUUCUAUAUUUAGAUUUAGUUAUUUUUUAGUGAGACUACACACGCUCCCUGUAAAUAAUUUUAACGAAUGAGUACUUAAUUCUUUGUUAAGAUUUAUAUAUUAUAUUUACAUUCACGAUUUGUUGUCGAAUCACACGGUAACUGUUGUUGUUCAUGAAAUUUCUACACAUUGCAAUAAAUUCAGAACAAUUACUGGAUAAUGUGCUUUUCAUCUCGACUAUUCUGUGGAUUAACUGGAAACUGACGCGUGCUGUUAAUGAAAAGUAGGUCGAACUUUAAUGUAGACACUUGGCAACAUCGAUGAUAAUGAUUUUUAUCAACCCAAGUUUUCGAGCAAUGAAGAUGUCUAGUUUUAGUGUCUACCAGCCAUUGAAACGUUUGUAACUUGAAAACGGUCAACUUGAUAGAUGUUAUAACCUGAACAAGCUUGCUCAGGUGCGUCUACCUGGGUGCAUACUGACAUUUGAGAAAAUAGCUUGCCAUUCAAGGAUCUUGCCGAUCUCUAGAAAUAUCCAUGAUAACAGUUUUGAAAAUCAUUUACUUUUUAUGUUUCCAAGUAUCUAAUGUUCAAACCUUACUCCACUAGAGCCGGAAGAGCAUUUUAGCCUUAUUUACAAACAUGACUAUAACGCUGGGUGAGUUUUAGCUGACUUCAUAAUUUGCCUCCAUCUGGUGCAGUAUUCCAACACUGCUGGGUCAAAGUUUAAGUCAAUUUAUGCUAGGUCUGACUUGAUGCUAUCUCCCCAUCUUAUACGGGGGCGACGUAGAGGUCUUUUACCAGCUGGUGCUUUCUCCCAGAUCAACUUUACCAACCGAUCGUCAAGUCUUUGAAAGUGGCCAGCCCAUCUCAGCCGAUGUGCUUUGAUUUCUUGGACAAUGUCACUGUCAACUGCAUUUGAUGUUCGUUCUUAUCUGAUAUUCACCUGUAUUUGGGUAGUAGAGAUGUGCAAAAAUCUUACAUAAUACUCUACGUACGAAACGCCUAAGCUGCCGUUCGACAUUGUCCAUGUCUCAUAGCCAUACGUUGCAUUAGGCCUAUGACAGUCGUAUAAAUCCUGAUCUCAGAGGAGCGUGUAAAAUUCGUCGAUGUAGUAAGAUUUUUUAGAGAGAACAUGCACCGAUUCCCAGAUUGUACAUGUACAUGUACAUGGUGUCCAGUGGGAAAGUUCAGUUUGUAAUUUAAGAAAAACAAUACAAACGUAAUGAAAAGAAAAUAUUUAUUACUAUCAACAUAUUCGUAAAUUCGGCGGGUUUUUUUGCUUAGAUAUCAUUCCGUCCAAAUGUUUGUCAUCCCUUCUAAUCGCGCGCGCAAGUUCUGAAGCACUCUCUUGCAGAGUUCCGGAGUGAUGAUGUUUAUUUCUCGUCGAUGUUCUUUCUCUUUAAGCUCCUCCAGUGUUCGUGGAUUAUUAGAAUACAGAUUUUAGAUAACCCCACAAAAAAUAAUCGCAUAGCGUGAGGUCGGGCGACCUAGGAGGCCAGUGAAUGUGUCCAAAGUUUGAUAUAACUUUUUGAUGAAAAAGUGCUUUCACCGUGUCCAGCGAUUCUCUGGUACUAUGGGUAGUGGCCCCAUCCUGUUGAAACCAUGUGUUUAUGUUAAAUCUACGUUCUGUUCUUACAAUAGGAGCAAAAAAAGAGUCAAUCAUGUCCCUGUAUUCCUCGGAAUUGACUCAUUGCGUGACCGUUUUCAUCUCCAAAGAAAUACGGCACAAUAAUACCGCUGGAGGAUAUGGCGCAGCGAACACCUUUGGACCAUGUAGCCGUUGUUGAUGUUUCUCUUUUGGGUUCGUUGGUACCCAAUAUCUGCAAUUUUGUUUGUUCACAUAACCGUCUAAGUGAAAAUGGAGCAGGUGCGUAUGAAUCACCACCCUUAAAGUAAGCCUCGAUAACAAAAGCACGUUGCACUCCGGUCCGACGUUCCAUUAUGACUAUUCAACCCGCACGCCGAACGCACGCGUCGAUCAGGACCUCUCGCCACUUCCUCGCAUUUACGGUUGCCUUUUAAUACAAAUUUAAAAUGUGAACGUUCUCAUUUCCCUGUACAGCAGACGCUCGAUAAUGUAAACUAAUUUAAUCCAAGUGUGGUUCACAUUAUCGAAAUGUUUACAUUAGCGAACGUGAUUUAUAUAAUAUUUGAUUUAUUAAAAGAAACGUUUAAUAUAUACUAUUUAUAACAAAAUAAACAAAUUUUCGUCUGCGUAAAUUUGCGCUUAGCAUUGUCUUCCAAUGCCUGCGCCCGUAAUUUACGAAGAACUAAAAUAUCCGUGUAUGAAACUUCUUUUCUUUCAGCCCAAUCUAAAGCUUGGUUAAAAACUUGUAUAGCUUGCGCGUCAGUCACUACACUUCUGACUUCAAUGGGAUCGUUCUCAUCAUCCUCACUGUCCAUAUCCUCCUCCUUAUCAGCAUCAUUCGUCUGCUUAUCUUCGUUCCAUAAAUUAAUAUCAGCAGGAGUACAAACAAUGUUGGGAUUCACUGUUUUCAAUAAAUCAACAACAUCCAAUGACACACUAAUAACAUUAUCAUUAUUGGAUCGCAAACGUUCUCUAAUUACGCUUAAGGGGACAUCGUCUUCUUCAUCAUCUUCAUUAUUGGUACAAAAGAGAUUGUUCCAACAUUUUUGAAUAGUUUGCUGGUUAAGUUCAUUCCAGGCCAUAUGUAAAUCUAAAACAGCUCGCAAUGUUACUUUUUUUAAAGCCUCAGAUAAGUUUUCAGGAUUCUUUGAUAAGACAGACGAAAGUAGAAACUUCCUAUAGUAUAUUUUGGUGAGUCUUAUUAUAUUCUGGUCCAUGGGUUUAAUUAACGGUGUUGGGCGGCAUGUACAUGACGAAAAUUGACCCAUCCCUGCUCCUCAAUUGUUGCUCGGGAGGAUGACUUGGUGCAUUAUCCAAUAGUAACAACGCUUUUAUUGGAAGCUUCUGUUGUUUUAGGAAACCUUUUACCUACAAAUUGAAAACACAUCUUCAAAUUAUGAAUAGAGCAUUUGUGAUAAUCGAUUGUCAUACCUGAGGGACAAAGCACCUGUGGAACCAUUUCAGGAAUAUACUGCUAGUCAUCCAAGCGGUUUUUGAACAGUCAUAAUCAACAGGGAUAUUAACAUUUUUAAAUGAGCGCGGAUUUUUUGCUUUCCCAAUUACCAGUGGCUUUAUUUUGUGUGAACCAUUAGCAUUAGUGCAGGCUAGAAACGUUAUUAGUUGUUUCUCCGGCUUUCUUCCCGGGGCAGAUUUUUCAAAUUCUGCAGCAUAGGUUUUCUCUGGUAACAUUUUCCAAUAAAGGCCACUUUGAUCUGCGUUGUAAAUUUGUUCCAUUCUUAAGUCUAGCUCGGUAAUUGUUUUCAUCAAUUUUUCUUUGAAUGGUUGCACUAAUUGUGGUUGUGCUGAUAAUUUUUCACCAGAUAUAGACAGCAGUCGAAUUCCAUAUCUUGUUUUGAAUCGUUGUAGCCAGCCAUCACUAGCUACGAAAUUUUCAGUUUCUUUCAGUUUAAGUACUUCGCCACUAACUGGGACAUGAUUUUCCCGUUGUUUUAAAAACCACUUAUACAGGGAAUUUUCCAUUUUAGGUGCCUUCGCAUUUUUUUAAGUUUUUCUUUUUCCCGGACCUCCAAAUGUAUUGCACGUUCCUUGUAAAAUUUGAGUUUUCAUACGAUUAAUUUUACAGAGUGUUGCUUUCGAUACUCCAUAUUUUUUUGCUAACUGUGUCACUCCCGCACCUAGUGCAACUUCGUCUAUGAUUUUCACUUUCUCACUCAACUUUAAACACUUUCUUUUAUAGGAUGUGGAUGUGGAUGCCAUAGUGGUAAAAUAUAUUAACGCGUGCAAUGCAUUCACUUAAGUUCAAAAAUGAAAUACAUACGUACGUAUAAACGUAUCCUAAACGAUCAUACGACUGACCGAGUUUGUUGUAUUUUAUCGCAGAGGUGAAUCCCCUACACUCUACAUCAUAAAUCGGGGACUCCCCGACGCCCGACAUAAAUCAUCGAGGCUUCAGCAUUUUACCGUCGCGCUGUUUCCGUGCGCCGAGAGUUGUUUACGUUAUCGAGCGUACACAUUGUUUACGUUAUCGCGCGUUCCGUUUGAUCCUAUAGAACGAAGUUUGUGUUUACAUUAGCGCAAGUUUUCAUUAUCCCCUGUUUACGUUAUCGAGCGUCUGCUGUAUUUGGUUUAAGCUUAGUUGGCCUUGAAACAAUUUUUAUUUUUGUUUCGUGAGCUAACAGGCUGUGAACAUAUGAUUUUCAUAGACAUCAUUGUGUUUGAAAUUGUCUCUCACUAACUGAUCGAUUUUUCAAGUAUUCUUUAGUUCGAUCUAGAUUAGCCGGGUUUUAAGUUUCCGGUUUUUCACACUAAAUGGGCUGAGGUGAAGCAAUUUUUUAAUUCAUAGUCGAACGCAACUUCAACAGAAAUCGAACGUUCUAUCUGAUCACAUCUACAAGAUUGUGAGAAAUUAUACAUGCAAUUUGAAUGGCAAUCUGCCAGCUGAGACAAGGAUAGUAAGAUAUCACAAGAAAUACCAACGCUAUUCAGCUAAAUUUCCGAUUCGAACUUGUGACGUCAUAGAAAAACCUUUUGGAAUGAAGUGUUUUCUUUACUACGCCGUUACUUAAAAAUUGUCAAUUGCCAAGAAAAAUAUCUUCGAAAGACAUGAGUUAGUCGUCUUUGGUAUGAAAUACGGAUGUGAUUUAGAUUAUUUUACAAUAUAUAACUUGAUGAUACCCUUUUUGUAUUGAAUUUUCAUUAUCAGGUAUGUGAUCCUUUUUAAAAUAAUCUCGCAUUUGAUAUGUUUAUAUUUUGAUGCUUGAUUAUUGUACCAUGUUAUAUUUGCGUCC